AUGGCACCAGCGGAGUACGAAGCCAAGAAGCUUCGCAAGCGGAGUGACUAUGGCUAUCACCAAGUCCACCAGACAAGAUGGUUCGACAAUGACAUGUAUGCCCAUCUCAACAACACAGUUUAUACAACGCUCUUUGAUACCAUUGCCAACUCAUACCUCAUCGAGCACUGUGGCAUGAACCCAUUCAGUGUGAACAACCCAACUCCAAACGGCUCUGGUGACCAGCCCUCUUCAGCUGGGACGGAUCAAAUCGGCCUGAUUGUCUCCACCAGCACAGACUUUUUUGCUUCUGUUGCGUUUCCCGAUAUUCUGGAGGUCGGCUUGCGGGUUGCAAAACUUGGAUCGUCGAGUGUGACUUGGGAAAUUGGCAUUUUCCGCAAAGGUGAAGAGGAUGUCAAGAUGGUUGGUACAUACACACAUGUGUUUGUGCUAAGAGAAACAAUGCGCGCGGGGCCUGGAGGAAUGGCGUCCCAAGUUCGACGGGGUUUGGAGAAGCUACUCAAUUCACCUGGGGCCAAGUUAUAG